AUGCGCAGACUCCUGCCCAAGUCCAUCAAGCCCGACACCUAUCGCAGGCUGCACGACAACCUCCUCAAGGUCCGCCACGUACUCGGACAGCAGCGCCUGACUCUCGCCGAGAAGAUCCUCUAUAGCCACUUGGACAACGUCGAAGAGUCGCUCCUUACGGACACAGAGAAUGGACGCAACAUCCGCGGCAGCGCCAACCUCAAGCUCAACCCGGACCGAGUCAACAUGCAGGACGCGUCUGCGCAGAUGGCGCUGCUGCAGUUCAUGUCCUGCAACCUUGCUAAGCCCGCCAUCCCCGCCAGCAUCCACUGCGACCACUUGAUCGUGGGCUCCAAGGGCGCCGAGAGCGAUUUGACCGAUGGAAUCAGCGUAAACAAGGAGGUUUUCGACUUCCUUGAGUCUGCUGGACGCAAAUACGGCAUGGACUUUUGGCCCCCGGGCGCAGGUAUUAUCCACCAGACGGUCCUUGAGGUCUAUGCUCUCCCGGGUAUCAUGAUGCUGGGAACCGACAGCCACAGCCCCAACGCUGGCGGUCUUUCGACCAUCACCAUUGGUGUCGGUGGUGCCGACGCCGUUGAGGCCUUGGUCGGCGCUCCUUGGGAGCUGAAGGCUCCUCGCGUGCUUGGUGUCAAGCUGACCGGCAAGCUGAACGACUGGGUAUCUCCCAAGGACGUCAUUCUCAACCUCGCCGGAAAGCUGACCGUACGUGGUGGAACUGGAUUCAUCGUCGAGUAUUUUGGCGAGGGCGUCGAGACUCUGAGCGCCACCGGCAUGGCUACUAUUUGCAACAUGGGUGCCGAAGUCGGCGCCACGACCUCCAUCUUCCCUUACACCGCGGCCUCGGAACGCUACCUUCUUCAAACCCGCAGAGAAGCUCAACAUCGUGCUCUCGACGGCUACAAAAAGUGGGGGAGCUUCGACUUCAGAGCCGACGAGGGCGCUCAGUAUGAUCAGGUCAUCGAGAUUAACCUGUCCGAGCUGGAGCCCCACAUCAACGGCCCCUUUACCCCUGACUUGGCCACUCCCCUGUCCGCCUUCAAGGACACUAUCCAGCAUGAGCAGUGGCCCGAGGUCUUGUCCGCUGGCCUCAUUGGCAGCUGUACCAACAGCUCCUAUGAGGAUAUGACCAAGGUCGAGAGCAUGGUCAAGCAGGCCGAGAAGGCCGGCUUGAAGCCCAAGGCUCCCUUCUACAUCACACCUGGCAGCGAGCAGAUCCGUGCUACUCUCGAGCGUGACGGUACCCUGAAGACUUUGGAGGACGCCGGAGGCAUUGUUCUCUCAAACGCCUGCGGCCCCUGCAUCGGUCAAUGGAAGCGCCAGGACGAUAUCCCCAAGGGCCAGCUCAAUGCUAUUCUGACGUCCUACAACCGUAACUUCAAGGGCCGUAACGACGGCAACCCCGGUACCAUGAACUUCCUCGCUUCUCCCGAGAUCGUCACCGCCAUGGCCUAUGCGGGCGCUACCACCUUCAACCCGAUGACGGACAAGCUGCAGACCCCCGAUGGAAAGGAGUUCAAGUUCGAGGCUCCCCAAGGCCCCUUCGAGUCCGGCGUUGCAUCGCUUCAGGCCAUCUCGCCCGAGACACACAACCCCGAGAUCCAGGUUGCCAUCGCCCCGACCUCCGAGCGUCUUGCCUUCCUUGAGCCCUUUGCACCCUUCCCCAAGGGUGACCUGAGCGGCCUCAAGGUCCUUGUCAAGGUCACCGGAAAGUGCACCACUGAUACCAUCUCCGCCGCCGGCCCCUGGCUCAAGUACAAGGGUCACCUGCCCAACAUCAGCACCAACACCCUCAACACGGCCGUCAACAAGGAGACGGGCGAGGUCAACGCCGCCUACGACGUCGACGGCUCCAAGCACACGAUUCCCGAACUCGCUCAGAAGUGGAAGGAGCGCGGCCAGGAGUGGCUCGUCGUCGCCGAACAUAACUACGGUGAGGGCAGUGCGCGCGAGCAUGCCGCGCUGCAGCCGCGAUACCUUGGUGCCCGCGUCGUGCUGACCAAGUCGUUCGCGCGCAUCCACGAGACCAACCUCAAGAAGCAGGGCGUCGUGCCCCUGACAUUCGCGAACGAGGCCGACUACGAUAAGAUCGCGGCCUGUGACGAGGUCAGCACCGUCGGCCUGUACGAGAUGCUGCAAAACGGCGGCCAGGGCAAGGUUCAACUGCUCGUCAAGAAGAAGGACGGCUCCGAGGUGCUGAUCCCUACCAACCACGCCGUCACCAAGGACCAGGCGGGCUUCAUUCUCGCGGGUAGCGCGUUGAGCAUGCUUGCCAAGCGUAACCAGGCGUAA